CCGACGUAAUAAUUAGUAUUGUAGGUGUGUAUGAUGGGGAGCAUACGUGGGUAGUAAAUCUAGCUGUUGGUGCUGACGCGCGCGCGAGAACGGGGAGCUCCACCGCUUAUGCAGCAGCAGCAGCAACACAGACCAUGUGGUUUUCCGCUCACGAGUCACGCACACGCGGUGUGGAUGCACCUUCUGAAAGGAUCUCAAUUUAUGUUGGGAGAGUUUUUUUCUUGGGAUUCUCUCGCGCGGUUGGGGAGAUUCGCUCCCGCCGCUUUUGGUACCGUUAUUAGCCGUGGAAACGGAGCAUUUGUAGGGUUCCGUGGCGCUCACCGCGAGCGGGUUCGACUCGCCGUGAGAUUCAACCGAGCGAAUGGUGUAUAUGGACGUUGCUUUGCGCAAUGCAUGUGCUCAGUCUGUCAGCAGCAUUCGUCGAGGGCAGAAGUGCCUGCUUAUUCGUUGAUGUCAUUCGGUUUAUCCCCCUUCUACUACCGCAGUCGGUCGUCACACCCACUCGUUUUAGUACCAGAAGCGCGCGGUUUUUUUUUUCUCAUUUUCGCGGUAUAUUUCUUCCGCCUUUACGGUUAAGUGCGAUUUAGAUUCUUUUUCGGUUUGCGGCUUGCGGCUCGUAGCGGCCCGAGAGGAAGUGGCGGCUACGGAAUCCAAUUGAAGCAAGCGGCGUCUAAUUUCCAGGGUGAAUAAGCCGCUGGACGUGGAGACCGCAUGGCUUGCUGAGUUCGGUUUUCAUUUUGUCACGGAGCUUCUCCAUGAGGAUAUAAAAAGAGUGCUCAAGCUGGAGAAAGGUCGAAAAACUGUUCAAGCAGCGAGAAAAUGAAGAGUCUAUGUAGUUAAAUAUAGAUUUUCCUCUUCUGAGUGUUGUUCGCGUAACCAGUAAGGAGGAAAAGUGGAAUAAAAAGUAAUCAAUCGAUUUUUAUACGCGGUGGUGAACGGUGCAUGAAACUAGAAGACGACGGAGAGUGAGUGGAUUAAAGCUGAGCUAAAAUUACGCUUGGUGCGAUUGUAGCUGCAGAGUGUUCGUAGCUGCAAUCUGUGGAUGCAGUGUAAAUUCACGACAUUUGCAUUUGGAUUCGAUUCAGAGUGGUGUGGGCACAUGAAAGUAGAAAGUGGAAUCAUUUCCGCAACGGUUAGCCAACCCUCGCUGAAAUAGUUGCACUGAAUUCACAAUUCGACAGACAGGCAAGAAGCGAUGGCAAACAUCGGCCUGCGAUCAAAGCGAAUAUCAAGGAAUAGAUUAGCCAAAACCUGUCGACAAACUAGUAUUCUACAAAAUAAAUUUAAGCAUCAUCAUUGCAAAUCGUUCGACGAACAAAGGAAACGCUAAGAUAUCUGACCGAACUUGGAACCGAGACUGAGUGUAUGAAGGAAGAAGAUAUAAUAAAAGGCUGGAACUGCGCAAACUCCCAAUUCCCUGGACCGACCGAAUCAGGGCAGACCACGUAUCGAGCUUGAUUGCAUGUUUAGUGAAUGAAAUUUCACGGGGAUAUCCACCUAACAGAACAUCAUCUCCGUUUUGCCGUUGCACGUUCCCUCUCUUCUGCUUCGCAUCUCUGAACAGCGAAGGGACGGGAGAGUGGUCCAGAGAGAACGAAAGACGCAGAAGAUACACAAUCACCAAGACAUUCAAGACUACAGCAGCUACCACGAACGAGAGCUUUGCCCACGGAGAAUCUCUUUAGUUAUUUCACAAGCAUUGAAGAAUACAGAACGGGCCACAAGAACCACGUGGUUGACGGUCGUCGUGAGUUGCAACUUGUGUGAGCGGGCGGGCGUUCUGUCGUGUCUGUCGAACCGAGCUGAGAGCGCUACGACAGUUUCGACGGGGGGACACUUGGGCCUCCCGAAAGAAAGUGAAACCCAUCAGCGUCGCGUGAAAGUGUGUCGACGCGCCAACAACAAAGCGGAAUUUCUCUCCGCCAAUACAAUAGCUAACAACAAGCUACCAUCGCGGAGUGUGGACAGUGUGUGAAUCCUAACAAAAGCUCUUCACUUUUGCGGGGAAGAAGAUACGGAAGAGUGUACUGCCGUCGGUGAGUGAUGAUAUAAUCGAAGAAGAGCAUCAUCAUCUCCAGAGACUACACAGUAGUGGCUUAGCUAACCGAAGAAGUAACACGGGCUGACUGUGUACAAAGCCUUAAGAAAUCAAAAGCCUCGGUGUGAAAGUGAACUUCAAGCGGUGAAAUACGGUUGUUUUCAAAUGUGAAAAGUGUUGGCACUCGGUUGAUAGCACAGUGAAACCCCCGUAUCGAGAAACCGAAGCGCGAAAAUGUCCCUGGAACUGGUGUUUUUGGCGGCCGCCGUGGUCGUCGCCGUGUUUGGCUACGUUCUGUUCGUUCGGAUUCGGAUGCGAGAAAAGGAUGACGCAUCCAACCGAAACGAAAAGAACGACGAUCGCAAACAGCAGAAGCAUGGCAGCGGAACGGGCGAACCGGCUGCAGCUGCUUCCGCUGGUAGCGGCGGCGGCAAGCCCAGCCGGAAAACCGCAGCUUCCAACGCGGCGACCAACGUCAAGAAGCAACGCACGGCCGACGCCAACUACCAGCACCCGUGGCUGUACACGACCCUGAAAGGACACACCGGACAGGUCUACGAUAUGGAUUUCUCCCGGAAUGGGAAAUACCUGGCGACAUGUGCAGAAG